UGAAGAGAGAGAGAAGCCUCUGAAGAAAAAGAAAAAGAAAAAGAAAAGCACAUUGUGUGUAACGUAGAUAGAUAGAUAAUGGGAACUGACGAAGUUGAAGGAGAAAUCCACAAUCAUCGUGACUCUGAUACAGAACUCAUUGCUCUUCACAAUGGUUCCUUCAGUGGACCUUUGAACAAAAGGGUAGGAAGAAGAAGUGCAAAGUUAAACGUUUCAAAUUCAACUUCUGCCAUAGAUCUUAACCAUCAAGAACAAGAUGAAGAAAAAGCAGAGCAAGAUUACGUUGAAGUUACUAUGGAUAUUCAAGGUGACUCUGUUGCUUUACACAGUGUUAAAACUGUUCCUGGAAACAAUGGUGAAGAUGAGAAACUUGUUUUGCUUGGUAAAGGAAUGGAGAAGAAAAGAUCUUUUGGUGCUUCUUUUGUUAGAACUGCUUCGAUUCGUAUGAAACAUGUUUCUCAGGAGUUGAAGAAAUUAACUUCUUUUUCGAAACAAGUUGGACCUCAGAAAGUUUAUGAUAGGACUAAGUCUGCAGCUUCUCAUGCUCUUAGAGGACUCAAGUUUAUCAAUAAUAAGACUGAUGUUGGAUGGUUUGAGGUUGAAAAGCAGUUUGAUAUUCUUUCAACUCAUGAUGCUUUUCUUCAUCGCUCUCUCUUUGCCAAAUGCAUAGGGAUGAACAAGGAGUCUGAGGCAUUUGCAGGUGAGCUAUUUGAUGCUAUGUCUAGGAGGAGGAAUAUUCAUGGAGAUUCAAUUAAUAAGCCACAAUUGAAGGAUUUCUGGGACCAGAUAUCUGACAAUAGUUUUGAUUCUAGGCUCAGAACAUUCUUUGACAUGGUUGAUAAAGAUGCGGAUGGCAGAAUCACCGAGGAUGAAAUUAAAGAGAUUAUUUGCCUUAGUGCCACUACAAACAAACUCUCAAACAUACAGAAGCAGGCAGAGGAAUAUGCUGCUUUGAUCAUGGAAGAACUAGACCCUGAUGAUACUGGAUUUAUCAUGGUAAAUGACCUAGAGAUACUCUUGUUGCAUGGACCAACUCAUUCUACACGAGGAGAUAGUAAGUACCUGAGCCAAAUGCUAAGCAUAAAGCUUAAGGGUACAUAUGAAUACAAUCCUGUUCGGAAGAGGUAUAGAGAUGCCAUUUACUUUCUGCAGGACAAUUGGCAAAGAACUUGGAUAUUGGUACUAUGGAUUGGUGUUAUGUGUGGUCUAUUUGCCUACAAAUUCAUGCAGUACAGAAGAAAAGAUGCUUAUGAAGUAAUGGGUCAUUGUGUGUGCAUGGCUAAAGGUGCAGCUGAGACACUCAAAUUGAACAUGGCUAUUAUCUUGUUACCUGUUUGUCGAAACACCAUCACAUGGCUUAGGAACAAGACCAAACUAGGCAUUGCUGUUCCUUUUGAUGAUAACCUCAACUUCCACAAGGUGAUUGCUGUGGCAGUAGCAACUGGAGUUGGUAUACAUGCUAUUUAUCAUCUUACUUGCGACUUUCCUCGCCUUCUUCAUGCAAAUAGUGAAAAGUACAAGCUCAUGGAACCAUUUUUUGGAAAGCAACCAACAAGUUAUUGGCAUUUUGUGAAAUCAUGGGAAGGAGUAACGGGGAUUGUAAUGGUUGUUUUAAUGACAAUAGCCUUCACACUGGCUAGUCCUUGGUUCAGGAAAGGAAGGGUUAAGCUACCUAAACCCCUCAAUAGUCUAACUGGUUUCAAUGCCUUUUGGUACUCUCAUCAUCUCUUUGUAUUUGUCUAUGCCCUUUUGGUUGUGCAUGGAAUCAAACUUUACUUGACUCGGGAAUGGCACAAAAAAACGACUUGGAUGUAUUUGGUUAUUCCCAUCAUCAUUUAUGCAUUGGAACGACUGACUAGAGCACUCAGAUCAAGCAUCAAGCCUGUAAGAAUAUUAAAGGUGGCUGUUUAUCCUGGAAAUGUGUUGGCUCUUCAUAUGUCAAAGCCUCAGGGGUUUAGAUACAAGAGUGGACAAUACAUGUUUGUAAAUUGUGCUGCUGUCUCUCCAUUUGAAUGGCAUCCGUUUUCCAUAACCUCUUCCCCAGGAGAUGACUACCUUAGUGUUCACAUCAGAACAUUAGGUGACUGGACCAGAAGUCUCAGAGUCAAAUUCUCAGAGAGUUGCCUUCCACCGACCCAUGGGAAGAGUGGACUUCUAAGAGCUGAAUGCAUGCAAGGGGAUAGCAGCCCAAGUACUCUCCCUAAAGUUUUGAUCGAUGGUCCUUAUGGAGCGCCUGCACAAGACUACAAGCAAUAUGAUGUAGUUUUACUUGUAGGCCUAGGAAUUGGGGCUACCCCAAUGAUAAGUAUACUAAAGGACAUUGUGAAUAAUUUCAAGGCUAUGGAAGAAGAUGAAGGGACCACUAUAGAGGAGGGAACAAGUAGUAAAUCACCGAGACCAUCACAACACAAGAGAACCGGUUUGAAUAGCUUUAAAACUAAGAGGGCUUAUUUUUACUGGGUUACUAGAGAACAGGGUUCAUUUGAUUGGUUUAAAGGAGUAAUGAAUGAGGUGGCUGAAGAUGAUCAUAGGGGAGUAAUUGAGCUACACAAUUAUUGUACUAGUGUUUAUGAAGAGGGUGAUGCUCGCUCUGCUCUUAUUGCUAUGCUCCAAUCACUUAAUCAUGCUAAAAAUGGUGUGGAUAUCGUCUCUGGAACACGCGUCAAGUCUCACUUUGCUAAACCUAAUUGGCGUAGUGUCUACAAGCGCAUUGCACUUAAUCAUCCACAAACACGCGUUGGGGUGUUUUACUGUGGGCCACCUGCACUUACUAAAGAGCUUCGUCAAUUAGGUUCGGACUUUUCUCACAACACAACCACCAAAUAUGAUUUCCACAAGGAGAAUUUCUAGUACUUAUGGUGGACAUUAAUUAUUGAAGAGAAAAAACAACGUGGAAACAAGAUGGUCGACCACUUUUGUCCCACUACUACUACUAUAUGAAUAUGAUAUGAAGAGUGGCCCAUGUGUCCUUGAUAAAUAUAAAUUUGUAUUGUAAGAAGAUCAAUGAAAGUUGGUAUAUGCUAAGUUGUGUUGACCAUGGCCACCAAAUUGGGAUGGGAAGGUUGGAUUGGAUUGAAUCACGACGCAGUGAAACACCUUCACUGUGUCGAGGCAACGAAGUAUGAAGAUCAAAGAGAGAGAGAGAGGGGGACGGAAAUUCUAGUAUGUAAAGAAAAAAGGAAAAUAAUAAUGUUUGGGGGUUUGUCCAAUUAAAUAAAUACCUAGUAAGUUUAUGUUUGCGAAUAUUAAUAGUUGUUCCUCCUAAUAGUUUAAGCCUUUCGGGGGGCAUUUAGAAGAGUAUAUUAGACAUCUUUUAUGAUAUAAUAAUAAUUACUUAUGUAAGUGUUGUUUUUUUGGUUAAUACUUGUGUAAGUAUUUGAAAGAAUGGUUUAUAACAAUAAUUUAUAGAAAAUAGCAAAAAUGUGAUUAAUCGU